GGCUUUAUUUCCCACUUUCUCCUCCUGUAUCCCCCCUUUUUUUUCUUUCUCGGCUGUCCGUCCUGUGGAGAUGAGGAGAUAACCGACAGAGGAUCAGCUGCGUACGAAGUUUUGAAGUUGUAAAGAGUUCGGACAGGAGAAGAGGAAGAUGUUGGGGUUGGAGGUCGUCGUGCUCAGUCUUCUUUUCGGAGCCCUGACUCACGGACAGAAGUCGGAGUGCAGCAAGAAGAACCUAUGUCCCAUAGACGUGUACUUCACCAUCGACACGUCUGAGACCAUCGCCCUGCAGGAGUCGCCCCCUGGGUCGCUGGUGGAGAGCAUCAAGACAUUCACUGAGCAGUUCGUGCAGCGUUUGGAGGAGGAUGAACUCAGGGGCGUCGUGAAGGUCAACUGGAAUAUCGGUGGACUGCACUUUUCCCAGACACAACAAGUUUUCAGCCGCUUCGCAUCCAAGAGUGAUUUCAUCUCUAAUCUCAGGCCAAUCCGUUAUCUGGGUAAAGGCACCUACAUCGACUGUGCCCUCAAAGCCAUGACAGACGAGAUGCUGCGCUCGCCCUCCUACCCCUCGGCCCUCCGCUUUGCUGUGGUCAUCACCGACGGCCACGUGACUGGAAACCCUUGUGGUGGCAUUAAGGUGGCAGCAGAGGAAGCUCGUGACAAGGGCAUCCGGAUGUUUGUCGUGGCGGCAUCAACUAACAUCGAGGAGACAGGCUUGAGGGAGAUCGCCAACUCUCCAGCCACCGUCUACAGGAGGGACUUCAUGGCUGUGGAUCUGAGCCAAGGCAGAGCCACGAUACAUACAGAAACUAUUGAACGCAUCAUCAAGACAAUGAAACAUUUGGCGUAUAUAGAGUGUUACAAAGUGUCCUGUCUGGAGACACCCGGGCCUCAUGGUCCAAAAGGCCACAGAGGACAGAAGGGAGCUAAAGGAGACAACGGCGAACCAGGACUGAAAGGAGAAAGAGGUCGCCCAGGAGACCCCGGUAUUGAGGGUCCGAUCGGUCAGCCUGGUAUCAAAGGAGAACCAGGUCUCAAAGGCGAGAAGGGAGAGAUGGGAACUCAGGGGAAAAAGGGUGUGGCUGGCAUCCCAGGACGCAACGGAACGGAUGGGCAGAAGGGUAAAAUUGGACGGAUCGGAUCUCCAGGCUGCAAAGGAGACCCAGGCGACAGAGGUCCUGAUGGACAUCCCGGAGAUGUCGGUGAACGUGGUCCUGGUGGAACUGAUGGAGAGAAGGGAGAUUCUGGACGCCCUGGAAGACCUGGUCCUCCUGGCCCGUCUGGAGAGUCUGGACCAAAGGGAGAGAGGGGAAGUCCUGGAUCACCUGGCCUUCCUGGACAGAAAGGAAACCCAGGAAUCCCUGGAAGUGCAGGAGGCAGAGGAGAACCUGGAAGAAGAGGCGACUAUGGGCCAAAGGGUGGGCAAGGACCAGAUGGCGGUAAGGGAGAAAAGGGUGAAAUGGGGCCAGAGGGCUUGAGGGGACUUCCAGGUGAAUCAGGAAACAAAGGAACAAAGGGAGAUAAUGGCUUACCAGGACCAAGGGGACCACCAGGGUCACCAGGAGAGCCAGGAAGAAAUGGUACGAGAGGCGACCCUGGUGAUGCUGGACCAAGAGGAGAUCCUGGACUGCCCGGACCAAAGGGAGACGGUGGAAGACCUGGCUUUAGCUAUCCUGGACCAAGAGGACCAUCGGGUGAUAGAGGAGAGAAGGGCAACCGUGGUCCUCGAGGCAGCAGAGGAGACUGUGGUCAGAAGGGUGAGCCUGGAAAUAAAGGAACUCCUGGAGAGGAGGGUGAGCCAGGUCCUCAGGGUGAACCUGGACUAAGAGGACCAAGGGGAGAGCCUGGGCGUGAUGGAGAUUCUGGUCCUGAGGGAGACCCUGGCCUCACAGAAUGUGAUGUCAUGAACUACAUCAGGGAAACAUGUGGCUGCUGUGACUGUGAGAAACGUUGCGGAGCCCUGGACAUUGUUUUUGUUAUCGACAGCUCAGAGUCAGUGGGUCUUACCAACUUCACCCUGGAGAAGAACUUUGUCAUCAACACCAUCAACAGACUGGGAUCCUUUGCCAAAGACCCAACAUCAGAAGCAGGCACAAGAGUGGGAGUUGUUCAGUACAGUCACAGUGGAACCUUCCAGGCCAUUCGUCUCAAUGACCCCAAGAUCGACUCGCUGUCUGCUUUCAAGGAUGCAAUGAAGCGUUUGGAGUGGAUUGCAGGAGGAACGUGGACUCCAUCUGCUCUGAAGUAUGCCUACGACAACCUUAUCAGGGACAGCCGUAGAGCCAACGCCAAUGUCACUGUUGUCGUCAUCACCGACGGACGCUUCGACCCCAGAGAUGACGACAAGCUGCUCACCUACCUCUGCAGUGAUCCCAGUGUGGACGUCAGCGCCAUUGGUAUCGGCGACAUGUUUGAACAGAUUGAGGAGAAUGAGAGUCUGAAGAGCAUCGCCUGCCAGAGAGAUGGUAGAGUGAUGGGCAUGAGACGCUUUGCAGACCUCGUGGCAGAGGAGUUCAUUGAUAAGAUUGAGAAUGUGCUCUGCCCAGAUCCUGUCAUCAUCUGCCCUGAUCUGCCUUGUAAAUCAGAGCCGGCUGUGGCUCCGUGUGUGCAGCGGCCAGUGGAUGUCAUCUUCAUGUUGGAUGGUUCUGAGAGGAUGGGCCUGGAGAACCACCGCAGGGCCAAAGAGUUCAUCGAGAACGUCGCCCGUCGCCUCAUCCUGGCCAACGGCCCGACAGACGAUAGGAAUGCCCGCUUGGCUCUGCUGCAGUACGGCAGCCCGACAGAGCAGAAAGUGGAGUUCCCGCUCACACACGACAUCGCAGUGAUCUCUGAUUCGCUGGCAGGCGUGAACUACAUGGAUUCAUCUUCAGCUCUGGGCAGCGCAAUCAUCCACGCCGUCAACAACGUGGUGGUUAAGCCCGCCGGCCGCUCAUCUCGCCGCAACGCUGAGGUGGCCUUUGUCUUCAUCACUGACGGCAUCACGUCCAGCGACCAGCUGGAUGAGGGCGUCAGCGCCAUGAAAAGAGCAGAAGGCGUUCCCACGGUGAUCGCCAUGGGGAGCGACACCGACGAGGAGGUCCUGCGGAAGGUGUCGCUAGGGGACAUGUCGGCCAUCUUUAGAGGGGGCGACUACACCAUGCUGAACAAACCCUCGUUCUUUGAGCGCUUUGUCCGCUGGAUAUGCUAGUGAGGAACUGUAACGCUCUACACCAUAGAGUUAGAAUCCAUAGGAUGAAGAAGGACGAGCUCCUUCAGUGUACACGUAAACACACACAGAGGCACCAAGCACACCUCUGUCAUCAUUAUCAUUACUGGAUGGAAGCACUGAGAUGGCUACAUAUCCUGUUGUCAUGGGUGAAGAUUACAAAAACAAACCACGCAGGACCAACACACACAGACACACAUGAACAUACGAUAUCAUUUGAACCUUGGUUGUUGUCUUCAUUGUAAAUCUAUUGUCAGCACUACCAACCAAAGACACAGAGGUGUACGAUUAUUGAAUGUGUACCAAACAAAUUGUAGGCUUUAUUUUUGUUUUCUAUUUUUUAAUGAUUUUCAGUUUGCAGAAACAACUUUCUUUUUUUUCUCUUUCUUUCUUCACACAGUCAGUAUUUACAAUAAAGGUGCUAAAGUAGAAAAAAAAAACAGACAAAGCCAUCUGACUGGUUCUGAAACUUUUUUACAUCAUGUUACGCUGUAAUUACUGUAGUUUGUUCAGGGCAAAAAAAG